AUGACGAUUGGCAAGGCUGGUAUUGCCACUUUUGGCCUUUGCGGGGCGAGGGAUGACAAGAAAAGAGAGAGUCGUUUCCGGCUCGGUUCUCACGAUCGCCGGAUUGCCAUUGGGAUCCGUGUGGGGAAAAUAUUAGACAGGCUUCAUGCCAAGGCACACACGAUCCUCCGCACGGCGAUUAUUGCUCUGCUACUUCUGCAACCGCUCAUAGGCUUCGUAAAUCAUCACAAGUUCACGAGGACGCAGCGACCAGGGCUGUGGACUCGUUUUCACGUUUGGUAUGGCCGGGUCCUCAUUCUUCUGGGAAUGAUCAACGGGGGACUCCUGGUGCAGCUCGCGGAUAACACUAGGGCGGGAAUAGUAGCAUAUGGGGUGGUUGCAGGGCUUGUUGGAGUUGUUUAUUACACAACGGUGGCAUUCUUUGAGAAUAGGAAAUGGAGGCAUCGAGACGAUGCGGCGUCUGAUGUUGAGUUGGAGGAGAGGUCCAAAUCACCUACGCCCUGCCCUGAGAGGGGAUGUAGAGUUUUGAAUCUGGGAAUCUGGCGGCAUUUUUGA